AUGGCAUCCAGCUCCGAUGAGGGAGAAAUCAUUGAGGAGGGACAUGGGGAUUUGAAGGCAACUUCACUUGCACACCAUUCAGGAAACGGUAUUGACCGCCAAGACAGACCCCGAAGUGGACAUUCGUGUCCGGAUCGCGACUGUACUUCAAGAUACAGCGGCUCCUGCCGCCGAAGCCGCUCGCCUCGCGGAUACAAGCGCGUUCGCGACGAUGGGAAGCAGUACACCCGAGGACGUGACCCAGACUCCAGGCGUGUCCGCGCUCGUUUCGAUGAUUCCAUCAGAGGUGAUUAUCGCAGAUCGCGCAUCUCUUACGACGAUCUAGAUCGACCGAGUGCAACAUCAAGCAACUACGACCGGCGCUAUGAUGGCGACAUGGACCGCGACCGGCAUCCUGAUCGUGCCCGGUAUCCCGACAGAGCGGGCCGGCCUCGAAGUCGAUCGCCCCGUGCGCCACAACGAUUUGGUAGGUCGGAUAACAGAAGAUUUGCACAAGAAGGCCAGAAUUACGAUCGUGACUCGACCAAGACUUUGCACUACGACGAUGACCGACGUUGUCGAGUUGACAGAGAGCCGCCUCAACGUUCUGCGGUAACGGAAUGCGCCCCUGCCCAUGACGAUGCCGUCCAACAGCCUGCGAAACCACCAAAGGGAAUUCUCAAACCCAGCAGCACGUUCACAGAACCCGACGACUACGAAGAGCCCGAGCCGAUAAACGAGGACGCUGAAAUCGAGCGUCGCCGCCGGCGUCGAGAAGAGCUGCUGGCAAAGUCUAGCUCGGCCACGCCCCUUCUCCUUCAUGCCGUCGGUGCUGCUGCAGAGAAGAACGCUCAAGGGGCCUCCCCUGCGUCCACACAGCAGGACACGCCGCAGAUAUCGUCGUUUGGGGGUGAAACUCCUCGCACUCCCCGAUCCGACUUUGCAUCCCCUCGUUCGCCCGAACCGUCACCCGGCGGCAUCAACCUGCUCAACGACAAGGAACUCAUGAACACUCACAGCAAUGCCGGAGCCGAUGACCAGGAUGGACCUUCGGCUGCUGAUUAUGACCCGACGGCUGACAUGAAGGAAGAUGAACGGCGAGACGAGCUCAGACAUGGUCAUGCAGUCAUACACGGUGAGAGCGUAGCCGAAGCCAUUGAAACGAACGAUGACAACACCAAAAAUGACGCCGCCAGCGCAGCAGAAGUAGCCGACGACGGGGAGUUUGACAUGUUUGCUGACGAUGUUGACGUUGACAACUAUGCCAGCAAGAAUACCAAAGCUGCCGCCGCCACGGGUGGUGCGGACGGUCCGGCCCAAGCACCGCAGCAAGCCGACGACAAGGGGGGCAUUCUGGAGGGCGACGACAAAGACGGCUAUUACAAGAUCAGAAUCGGUGAAAUCCUCGACGGUCGAUACCAAGUGCAGGCAACGCUCGGCAGAGGCAUGUUUUCCGGGGUCGCUCGCGCGGUCGACGUGACGACCAAGCAGGUAGUGGCCAUCAAGAUGAUGAGAAACAAUGACGCGCUGCGAAAGGGCGGAUACACCGAGAUUGCCAUUCUGCAGAAACUCAACGACGCAGACCCGGAGAAGCGCAAGCACAUUGUCAAGUUCGAGCGACACUUUGACUACCGCGGCCACUUGUGCAUGGCGUUUGAGAAUCUAAGCAUGAAUCUACGCGAGGUCCUACGCAAGUUUGGCAACAACGUCGGCAUCAACCUGGGGGCGACGAGGACUUACGCCCAUCAGAUAUUUGUUGCGCUGGCGCAUAUGCGAAAGUGCAGCAUCAUCCAUGCCGACCUCAAGCCGGACAACAUUCUGGUCAACGAACAGCGCAACGUCCUCAAGAUUUGCGACCUGGGCACGGCGAUUGAUCGGUCGGAUGCCGCGACGGCGCACAACCAACUCACGCCGUACCUGGUCAGUCGAUUUUAUCGGGCGCCAGAGAUCAUCCUGGGCAUGCCGUACGAUUACGGAGUCGACAUGUGGUCUAUCGGGUGUACCCUGUAUGAGCUGUAUACCGGCAAGAUUCUCUUCACUGGCGACAGCAACAACCAGAUGCUCAAGGCAAUCAUGGAGAUACGCGGCCGCUUCACGCCGAAGUUGUUUCGUCGGGGACAGCUUUCGGCGGCACACUUUGACGAACAGGGUCAGUUUGUGAGUGUCGAGCGUGACAAGGUCUUGGGAAAGACGGCCGUCAGGACAUUGGCAGUGGUGAAGCCGACGCGCGAUUUGCGCACACGGCUCAACGCUGCAUCGACAGGGAUGAGCGACACGGAGGCCAGGCAUCUCAAUCAUUUCAUCGACCUGUUGGAGCAGUGCCUCGCGCUGAACCCGGACAAGAGGAUCACGCCGAGCGAGGCGCUGAAGCAUCCCUUUUUCGGUUUCAAGACGGCGGCAAGCAACGGAAGGCGGUAG